UCCGCCCAUCCUGUAACCACCCAAUGAAAUAAUUACAGUGGCCCGUCACUAGGCAGUAUAACGUGUGGCUGGCCAAUGAUGUUUUUGUUGGCCUAGAAGGGCGCAGGGAGCUGAAGGUAACCGAGUGGCAGCGAUCGAGUCCGGGGGAAAUCUGUCACGGAGUCACCGUGAAAAACACUAACAGCCACAAAAUGCCGAAUAAAACUAAAAAGGAAAAGGAACCAACCAAAUCUGCCAAAAGCAGCGCAAAAAACAGUAAUGCCACUAGUGGGAAAGACACAGGAACUGAAAAUGCAGAUGAGGCGGCGCAGCAGCAGACUGCCAGCAAGCGUCCCAGCAACAGCACCCCACCACCCACUCAGCUCAACAAGAUCAAGUACUCUAGCGGUCCCCAGAUCGUCAAGAAGGAGCGUCGCCAGAGUUCGUCACGAUUCAACCUUGCCAAGAACCGCGAGCUGCAGAAGCUUCCUGCCCUCAAAGAUGCACCCCUUAUCGACCGGGAGGAGCUGUUUGUGCAGAAGCUGCGGCAGUGCUGUGUGCUCUUUGACUUUGUCACAGACCCCCUAAGCGACCUGAAGUACAAGGAGGUGAAGCGUGCCGGUCUGAAUGAGAUGGUGGAGUACAUCACGCACAACCGCGAUGUGGUCACAGAGUCCAUCUACCCCGAGGGUGUCAUCAUGUUUUCAAUCAACCUGUUUAGGACCCUACCACCAUCCUCCAACCCCACGGGGGCUGAGUUUGACCCAGAAGAGGACGAGCCCACACUGGAGGCUGCUUGGCCACACCUACAGCUGGUGUAUGAAUUCUUCUUACGAUUCCUGGAGUCCCCUGAUUUCCAGCCAAAUGUCGCAAAAAAAUACAUUGACCAAAAGUUUGUACUGUCUCUCCUGGAGCUGUUUGACAGUGAAGACCCCAGGGAGCGGGACUUCCUGAAGACCAUCCUCCACAGGAUCUACGGCAAGUUCCUUGGCCUCCGGGCCUACAUCCGCAGACAGAUCAACAACAUAUUCUACAGGUUUAUAUAUGAAACCGAGCAUCACAAUGGAAUCGCCGAGCUCUUAGAAAUCUUAGGAAGCAUAAUCAACGGCUUUGCCCUGCCAUUGAAAGAGGAGCACAAAAUGUUCUUGAUCCGAGUGCUGCUGCCGCUUCACAAAGUGAAGUCACUCAGCGUCUACCACCCACAGCUGGCGUAUUGCGUCGUGCAGUUCUUGGAAAAGGACAGCAGUCUAACUGAACCAGUGAUCAUGGGCCUGCUGAAGUUCUGGCCUAAGACCCACAGCCCGAAAGAGGUGAUGUUCCUCAACGAGCUGGAGGAGAUCCUGGACGUCAUCGAGCCGUCUGAGUUCGUCAAGGUCAUGGAGCCACUGUUCAGACAGCUGGCCAAGUGUGUGUCCAGUCCACAUUUCCAGGUGGCAGAGAGGGCGCUGUACUACUGGAACAAUGAGUACAUCAUGAGUCUGAUCAGUGACAACGCAGCCAAGAUCCUCCCCAUCAUGUUCCCUGCUCUCUACAAGAACUCCAAGAGCCACUGGAACAAGACAAUCCAUGGGCUGAUCUACAACGCCCUGAAGCUUUUCAUGGAGAUGAACCAGAAGCUGUUUGAUGACUGCACCCAGCAGUACAAGGCUGAGAAACAGAAAGAGAAGUACAAGCUGAAGGAGCGUGAGGAGGUCUGGCACAAGAUUGAGGAGCUGGCUAAGCAUAACCCUCAGGUUACCAAACUCCGACCUGGUCUCCACCCACAAGAAGAGUACAUGAUGUACAAUGAGAGUCCGGGAGGGGGGCCCUUGUACUCCAUGGAGACGGAGACGCCCACUGCUGAGGACAUUCAACUGUUGAAGAAGACUGUCGAGACAGAGGCCACACAGGGGAUGAAGGACAUCAAGAAAGACAAGGUGUUGAUGCGGCGGAAGUCGGAGCUGCCGCAGGACGUGUACACUAUAAAAGCCCUGGAGCAGCACAAGCGAGCAGAGGAGUACCUGACGGCAAACGAGGAGGCCCUCUGACAAGGGAACAGUGGCACCCUCCAUGCCUAACUCCCCCCAA